GUCAUAUCUAAAGGCCGCGGUCGCAUGAUGAUUGACGCAACGGUGUGAAGUGGCGGGAAAUCAGUGCUGGUGUUUGAGUGGUGACUGCUCGCUUGGAGGAUGAAGAUUGUUAGCUGGAAUAUUAAUGGCAUAAGAGCAACUCGUGCUGGGCUCAAAGAGGUCCUGGACUCGCUGGAUGCCGAUAUUAUCUGUUUGCAGGAGACAAAGGUGACCAGGGACCUGCUGGAUGAACCCACUGCCAUAGUGGAAGGCUACAACUCCUACUUCAGCUUCUGCCGUGUGAGAAGCGGCUACUCAGGAGUCGCUACUUACUGUAAGAGCGCCACAACCCCCUGGGCUGCAGAGGAAGGACUCUCUGGGUUACUCAAUAAUAAUAAAGGACCUAUAGGCUGCUAUGGGAACGUAGAGGAGUUUUCAGAAGAGGAACUGCAGUCUCUGGACCAAGAAGGCCGUGCAUUGCUCACCCAACACAAGAUCCUAAACUCGGCUGGGAAAGAAGAGGCACUAACAGUGAUAAACGUUUACUGCCCUCGUGCAGACCCGGAGAAGCCAGAGCGCAAGAUCUACAAACUGCAAUUCUAUCGUCUCCUGCAGACCCGCGCUGAGGCCAUAUUACGUGCAGGCGGGCAUGUGAUCGUCCUGGGAGAUGUGAACACGUCGCACAGACAGAUUGACCACUGUGACCCCACUGAUUUGGAAUCGUUUGAAGACAACCCAGGGCGUCAGUGGCUAAACCAAUUCCUUGGUGAGUGCCCUGUGUCCGACCCGGGCGCUACAGACCCUCUGAUACUCACAAAUGGAGAUGCCCCUUCUGGCUGCUUCUUUGACAGCUUCAGAUACUACCAUCCUACACAGACGAAUGCCUUCACCUGCUGGUGCACAGUCACCGGGGCCAGACAGACCAAUUAUGGCACUCGUAUAGACUACAUCCUUGGGGACAAAGGCUUAGUGCAGGCAGAGUUCCUGGACUCCAUAAUCUUGCCUGAUGUGGAGGGAUCAGACCACUGCCCUGUUAAGGCCAUCUUAAAAUGUUCCCCCAUCCCUGCAAUCAAAUGCCCACCUCUCUGUACAAAGUACCUGCCAGAGUUUGCUGGGCGGCAGCAAAAGCUUUCCCAGUUUUUGGUAAAGAAGGACAAAGGUUUAACCAGUGAAUAUGGAGCAAGAGAUGAGCAGCCAGGGUCACAGGGCUCUAGUGAGGGAACCGCUGAAGCACUUGUUCGCAAACGACCUCUGGAGAAGGUAAACGGAAGUACAGUUAAGAAAAAGAGUAAACCAGUGGUGGGAGGGACAAAGGGAAGCCUCCUUGGAUUCUUUAAGCCAGUAGCACUCAAGGCAACAUCAACACAUGGGGAGAGAUCAAGCAGCCUGGUGGGACCAGCAGAGGAAAAAACAGACCUAGUCCAGCAGGACUCUGUCCCAACCAAGACCAAAGACAGCCAGCAGCAGGCCACCUUCUGGAAGUCUGUGUUGAAAGGACCCCCUCCUCCCCCAAACUGUAAAGUUCAUGGGGAACCUUGUGUGCUGCGGACAGUAAAGAAGCCGGGGCCAAACUGUGGGCGACAAUUCUACGUAUGCGCCAGGCCUGAAGGUCAUUCAUCCAACCCCCAGGCACGCUGCAACUUUUUCCUCUGGGUCACUAAGAACUGAUUGACAUUCUUUGUACAGAAUGCGGUGUCAUGGUCUAGUACUAACCAACUGUGGGACUUGCAGCCAAAUGGUGCUAAACAAAUACACUGUGUCUGAGUUGUUGUUUUUUUUUAAUAAUUCUGGCCUAGUACCUUAACUGGCAUUGAUCCAUGUGUGUGCUCAUCCUUCUUUCUCACAGAUUACCGGUCUGUCACCACAGUUUGUGCUGUGCUGCAGUUGAGGGAAAACACUUUAAUGUAAAUUGACACUGUAUAUGUUCGUUAGUAUUAUUAUGUAUUUUAUAGGUGUUACCUGGAUCAGCGUUUGUUAUAAACAAAUAUAUUUUCUCAAA